AUGCCGUCUAUCGGGCUGUCCAAGACCCAAGAGGUCGUCCUCUUCAGCUCGACAGCCAUUGCCCUGUAUGGCUAUGACCAGGGCAUGAUGUCUCUGAUCAACACCAACGAGGACUACUUGCGGACCAUGGGAAUUGGCGCAGAGGACCCCAUGGUGGGCAUCCUGGUCGCUGUCUACUACCUGGGCUGCUCCCUCGGCGCGGUGCUCUUCUCCUGGCUGUCUGACAACUACGGCCGCAAGAAGGCCAUCUUCGCCUGCCUGGCGACCGCGAGCCUGGGUAAUCUGAUCAUGUUCGUCACCGGCCUGGGAGGAUGGAUGCAGAAUGCCCUGCACAUGUUCUGGGUCGGGCGUGUGGUGAUGGGCUUGGGUGUCGGGGGGAUCGACGCCGUCAUUCCCGUCUUCAGCUCUGAGCUGAGCAGCGACGGUGCGAGGGGGAAGGCACUGGCCCAGGAGUUUCAAAUGAACAUCUUUGGGCUCAACAUGGCCUUCGCCAUCAACAUCGCAGUAACCAAUGCGCUGGGCAAGUCAAGCCAAUGGGCUUGGCGGACUCCGAUCGUGGUUAUGCAGGCGUACCCAGUGCUUCUGUUCCUGGUCAUCGGCAGGCUCCCGGAGAGCCCGAGAUGGUUCAUUUUCCAUGGGAGGGAAAACGACGCAAAGGACGCUCUGGUCGAUAUCUACGGUGAUGAGGAGGGCGAGGAGAAAUCGAAGGAGUUGUUCGAGGCGCACGAGAAGGAGAAGGAUGAUGAAAAGGCGACAUAUAUCAACAUGCUGACUCCUGGAAAGCCUCUGUUUCACCCGACUGUCAUCGUACUCAUGGGUCAAGUGAACCAGGCCCUGACAGGAUACGGUGCUGUCUCGGUGUACGGCCCUCAAAUCUUUGAGCUCCUUGGAUUCGGCGUCAAGAUGGCGGAGUACAUAACCCAAGCGAACUACAUCAGUUAUUUUGUACUGAUGACCUUGGCCUGGAUCUUGAUCGACGCAGUCGGCCGCCGCAAGCUCCUCCUCGGCGGCAGCAUGGCACUGACGACCUGCUUCGCCUUGCUCACGCUCUUCGGCGCGCUGGCCAUGAACUCUCCCGCGGACGGCCUGGGCGCCCCCGCGAUUCUCGGUACUGUCACCCUCUUCGUCGCCACGGGGGCCUUUGGGAUCGGUUGGCUGGCGACGGUUUGGCUCAUCCCGACUGAGAUAUACGCGACAACAGCAAGGGCCCAGGCUUCUGCGAUAUCCGUGAUAGUGUGGGGGCUCGCCAACUUCGCCGUGACCCUUUUGAGUCCUAUACUGUUCAACAACCUGAAAUACUGGAUAUUUUUGAUCUUUUCGGCGACGAAUGCAUUUGCUGGCAUUUGGACUUAUAUCUACCUCCCCGAAAGCGGCGGACGAAGUUUCGAGGACAACCAGCAGUUCUUCAUCGACGCAAAGGAUCAAGGUACCUGGAGGGUAUCCAAGGUUUCGGGUGGGGUGUAUAAGAAGCUGGCGUACGGCGGUACGGUGGGCGAGAACGAGCCACUGCUUCAGAGACUGCAGGACCAGGUUCAGGAACUGUGA